GCUCGCGGGACUUUAACCGGCAUUCGACUAACGUCAAGUUCGAAAUUUAAAAGUAUAAAAAGUUUUAACGGUCUUUCUAUUUUUUCGUAUAGUGUUUUUGUAAUGACUAUAAAAAUGGGUUUACGGUGUUUUCUGGUGUUAGUGUCUAUGAUUCAUUUUGGUUGUGCACUGGAGUGCCACAACGUUUUUAGCGUAGAAAAAACAACUUGCGAUGAGUGUAUCAGAUGUGGUGGGAUAUGGUGUUCGGAUCCUAAAGAGGAUAAAAAGUGCAAAAACCCGUUAAAUGCAUUAGGAGACGAGUGGUGUCCGGGUCACAAGGAAAAAGCUCACGUCGAGACCAUCGCUCGUGACGGCUUGAUGUUCAGCCCAGAGUACCUGGAACAGGUGGCUGAAAUUAACUCGGCGAAGGUCACUCCUCUGAAGCUUAAUGGAUACCGCCCAGUGAAAGGAAUCCAGCAAAAGCCGCGUUACAACGUUUACAACACGACGCAACCGUCAGGAAAAUCGAGCGUUUUUGUAAAAUUAGAUAUGAUUAACAAUAAACUACAAGUUAUUACAACGGUGAAAGAAGGAUUUUGCUCGCAGAAUUCGCCAAAGUUCGAGUAUGUUUUUGUGGAAGUGGGUAUAGAGGGUGUUGAGAAGAAGGCUGUGCUGAAGUAUGUGGUGCCGUGCGGGUGCGGGUGCUCGGGGGAGGUGGUCCCGGCUGACCAGGAGUACUGCCACGGGUUCGGCAACUUGACCUGCGGAGCGUGCCAAUGCAACGACGACAGGAAAGGAAAGUUUUGUGAGAAGAAAAACUGCCAAGACCGCGGAGAUGUAUCAACGUCUUGCAUUGGAUCUUCAAACACCAAGGAGCAGUGCUCAGGAAACGGCGUUUGUGAUGAAUGCAACAAAUGUCAGUGUUACGACGAACCCACAAUACAAGGAUCACAAUAUUUCGACCCAGACAAUGAUUGCAAAGAUCUCUGCACGACCAUCAACUACUCUGAGUGCCACGUUGACUGUUUAAUAAGCAAUACAGAAGGGCCUUGCGAAGCCUGUGGCGGCCAUGAUUUCAUCCAGAGCUGGAAUGAGACUCUGCUGGAUCAGAGGGAUGAAUUUAAUAGAAAAAUGUGGGUAAAUUGUAGCGUGAAUUCAGAGGGCAGAAUACUAGUAUAUUGGGCCAUGAAAAUUAACACAUUCAUCUACAUGAUGCGGAAUGAUCAGGCAGACUCUGGUGCACUCGUCAACACCGCUGGCCGAAACGUGACGAUCCCAGUGGUGAUCGGAUUAAUAGCCGCGAUAGCGGCAGCAGUAGCCGCCGCUGUCGGCUACGUCAUGUGGAAGGGACAGGGGGCGCUGCCCGCGGCUGGCUCGAACUACGCCAACAUCGAGCCUGAAGACAGUGUAGGAGUCAACCCGUUGUACAAGCCCCCGACGUCAUCGUUCAAGAACCCCAUGUAUGCUGCGAAGUCUUAAUGGUGUUACCUGCUUGAAUCAUCGACCGAGGGGCCCGAGGUUCCGGAUCUGAGCAUCGCUAACGGUUACUCCUUAGCUUCGGAACAAACGAAGAUCUCGUUCGUUCAUCGUCUGGAUUUCACCCUCAGCAAUUCCACUGCCUGUGAUCGACGCUAUAAUAAAAACAAAUGAACUCGUCCGGUGUUCGUGUCACAAAUGUGCUCAUAUUUAGUGUUAGGUUAUUAUAGGUCAUAUUACGAGCGUGUAAAGUGCACUGUUACAGGUGAAGCAACUGUAUUGUUAUGAUUAGUGC